AUGGUGUUUUUGCGGCGAUGGGGUUCCGCGUUUGUGGACUACUGGAAGAUGGUUGGCAAUGAUUAUGUGACAGUGCUCAAAGAUCUGGCAUUCACUGCUAAAAAGAAGCCAGCCAGCGCAGCAAUCAAACUGGCAGCAUUGGGUCUCGAGAUGAAAAAACAAUCAUCACCAAGCUGGUCGUCCGUUAUUUGGCUCACCAGUUCCUUACCUCUAAAAAAUAAAUUUUGUACUGAAAAUGGCCUUUCCAGAGAUAUGCUGAAUGGACUGGUGGAAAGGCGCCACCAGAUGGUGCUCGUGCCCAACUCAAUUCACAGCGAAAGGGCUGAUGAAGCGAUCUCAUCUCGAACAAUGUAUCUCGAUCAAAAUCGUCUCAAACUCGUCAACUGCAUAUUAUUUUCAAUUCUCGUGAAACUGCCUGAUGGUGAUAAUGUUUGUUUGUACGAAAACAGGGAUCGAAAUCUAAAAAGAUGGUGGUGGCAGAGGUUCGAUGAAGUUGUGGACAUUGUUGUAUUCGGCAGAUGGAUUUUGCUGAGGAAAAGUUUCGAAAACUACGAUAUUUGUACAAAUGAACACUUUCCUGAUGAAUGCUUAAACCAAUAUUUACGUUAA